UUUGAUUUUUAAUUUUUCGAUAACUUCUUUAUCUUGUCGUACAAAAAUAUUCAUAUAAUCAUUAUUCGCAGGCGUUAAAAUGGUUGUAUUAAACGUAAAUAAAAUAUCAAAAAAGAUUUAUAAAACAUUAUGUCAAUUCCAAUGGUAUUCGGAUCCGGAACCUUAUAUCAAAAUGAUAUUCGCCUUUGGAGAUGGAACGAUCAACGAUGGAACCACCCAUUUCCAUCGUCAGGGACAUCCGUUACAAUGGCUAAAUAAUUAUCUAUUAAUAAGAGUUUCAACAUCUAAUAGAUUCACAUGGAAUUCGUAAAUAAAACGUGCUAUUGCAAAGUGGUUUAUCUUUGUGUGCAUGUGAAGACACUUCAUAAUCAUAUCAGAUUCGAGAUUCUUGCCAGAUAUCUUUAUCUCUCGUAUAUUUAGGGCGAGAACAAAAUUCAUAAGAAACUUACGAUGGCAUUUGGUCAUAAUAUUACUGUAAAUAUACUGAUAGUCCAAUGUGAUGCGUGUUAGAGUAAUGUUUGAAAUGUACAAAUUAAAGGUUUUAGUAAAAUGGCCGUUGAUACAAGCACAUCUUUGCACGCUGGCUAUUGCCUUCAGCUACAACAGUACUUGGUUCAUUCCAAGAGAUUCAUUUCGCUAUGGAGCCCUGACGUAUGGCUUGUUGCUGAGUGUUGCCAUGCUGUUGCUGGCAUUACCAGUUAUGUUGCUGCAGCUUGCUGUGGGACAGCUCAGCCAACAAGAUGCUGUUGCCGUUUGGAGAGCAAUCCCGUUCUUUAAAGGUGUUGGAUAUCUACGACUGCUCAUAAGUUUUGUAGUUUCAUUGUAUUCAAUAAUCGAUAUGGCGAUGUCAGGUGUGUUAUCAUUUUACACUAUAAGCAAUUCCAUUCCGUUCUCCGAGUGCAAGCAUAACGUCAGUAACGAGGAUCAGGAAAUGGAGGUUAUUUACAACGCCACAACAUGCUUCAGUAAAACGUUUCUGGGACCGGUGAGUGAACAGCCUGAAUAUUUUGUGGCAGUUGCACUUGUUACUGCGUUUCUUUGGAUCCUCUUUCCUUUUGUACUAUAUUAUCCAGUUAAAUCAAUGAAGCGAAUAUUCUACGUGUUGGGACCUACCCUACUAGUGUUGUGCAUUGUUAUCAUAUGUAAUAUAGGCAACAAAAGUGGCUACAACAAGUUCAUUGUGCCGACAGAUUGGAGCCAUUUCUUGAGACCAAAUAUCUGGCACAGUGCUAUAGCUCAGGCGUUCCUGUCGACACAAAUUGCAGGGGGUUAUCUUAUAUCUGCUGGUGAUGCUGUUUAUUCGAAGGUGGAUGUUGUGUGGUAUCGUUACUAUUUCCACUCUAUGAUCGCCUCCGACGCUUCCAUGUUCGGAAGUGGCAGUUUAUUUCUGUUGGAGUCUCAGUUGUUGGCGCCACUUUAUCUCUUGUCGUAUUGGCAUUUCAUUCGUCUCUCGUCACUCUACAGGAUUUUGUUGUUCCUUUCCUGGUGAACAUUACAACAAUUAUUGAGAUAUGUGCCUUUGUUUUUAUUUACGGUUGGAAAGUUCUAUAUGAAGACAUAGAGUUUAUAAUCGGAAGGGAACUGAAGUUGUUUUGGGUAUGGGGUUGGUGGGCUGUACCAGGGAUAGUAGCACCUUUCUUAUCCUG